GGGGGGGGGGGAGAUCGAAUGAUUGCACGGCUUGUGGCCCACCAAUAAGAGCCGGGACAGGCGCUCCGGACUCGACUAGUGAGCGCUGGAAAGGCCAGCCUCACCAGCCGGCAUAUGCUGUGUAACCCAUUGACGAAAAGGACAAACCUGGUUUUGGUCAUAAGCCGCGCGGUGAUUGUUAAGGGUUUCUUCCGUCUAGGCAAUCCGGUCCUCAAUGCAACUACUCCCACGGUCGUGCAAAAUAUGCGUCAGUGGUGGCACAAUGCGAAAAGCAAGAAUGAAACGAGUCGGACAAAAUGCAUGGAUCCGUGCUGCGUGCAGUCAGGCGCUCUAAGAUACAGUGACUUCCGUCUUUCUGGUACAGGUACCUCGAGCCAUAUCAUUCCCUCUCUGAGCUCAGUGUACCUGUUACCUAUUAAUAGAGUUUGUGUCCAGAUCGUAGUUGUGUGGUUCCACCGAGCGCAUGAAUAUCAAAUCCGGGCUUCGAGGCGAAAUUCCUUUGGUGGCGGGGCACCGACAACGGGAACACAGAGAGAGGUGAGGGGGUUGCGGGGGCCUCGAGGCAAGCAAGCGCCAGAGCGAUUGUAAAAUGAAACCACGGCCAGCCCCUGUGGCCUCUUGUACUGAAAGAGUAGGUGUCAGUAUUAAAACCCCUGUUGGAGGCCUCCAGGCAAUCCUCGGCAGAAAUACUUACGUACAGUCCCUUUGCAGCUUCACAGGUAUUCGUCAUUGGUUGCAUAGGACUUCCGUCGAAUGAGGC